AUGAUCAUGCACUACAUUACUCCUAAAGAGAGCGUCAUUCUCAACGUUCUUGCAGCUGAGGUGGAUUUCACUACAUGCGAAUCCAUUGUCAUGUCGCAAGAGGUUGACGAGGAUGGAGAUCGCACCCUGGCUGUCGUCACCAAGGUUGACCGCGCUCCUGAUGGCCUCUACGAGAAGAUUCAAGGAAAUCCGGUGCGGAUUGGACUUGGCUACGUGUGUGUCCGGAACAAGACUGAAGCUGAUGCAACUCAUGAUGAUGCAAGAAGGGCAGAAGCGGCUUUUUUCAACAAUCAUCCAGAGUUGUCCCAGAUCGAGCCCCAUUGCCUUGGAAUUCCAGCCCUGGCUCAACGCCUGACAGAACUUCAGGCCAAGAGGGUGGCAGACAGCAUCCCACGGAUCAGGCAGGCUAUUCAGAAGGCUCUUGUUGGUAAGGAGUCUGAACUGGAAACCAUUCCAUUUUCCCCCACCACUAGCGCUGCAGCAAUGGGGCUUGUUUCUUCAACACUCCAGAAGAGACGUGACAUGAUGAGUGGUGUCAUGAGCGGCAAGUAUGGCUCAUUUCAGAGCGAUAAAGCAAUGCAUUAUACAGCCAGGCUGCACGAGAAGUUCAACGCGUUUGAGGUUCAAAUGAGGGGUGCUCUUCCAGACUUCCUUGGGACGGACUACUCGGAAAGGUGCAAGGAGGCUUUGAAAGAGGUGGCUGGGAUGUCUCUCCCGAACAUGUUUGACCUGGUUGUGGUGAAGCAGCUGGUUCAAGAGGUGGUGGACAGCAUUGAAGGGCCGUGCCUGCAGCUGGUGAAUGACUGCUUCGCCUAUGCAACUCAGGUGCAGCAGGCUGUGGCGUCACACGUCUGUGGGCUGUACCCUGGACUGAAAAAUGUUGCUCAUCUUCAAGGCACGAAUGCGAUGAGGAAGGCCAAGGAGUCAGCAAACCGCUACAUUCAGGACUUGUUGGCAAAGGAGAAGGAGGUUAUCUUCACGCUCAACCAUUACUACAUGGACACGGUGUCCAAAAUCCAUGAGAAAAUGGCUGAACACAAAAAAUCGCAGCCCAGUGGUUCCAAUCAAGCUGCUUCGCCUGUUCCCACUAUUGAAGACUUCGCCUCCAGCACUGCUUCACUCGCUAACCUGAUAAGCAAUGACGAUAAGGCUGCGAGGGAUUUGCAGGUCAACAUGUUUUCGUAUGCCAAGGUGAUGCAUAAGCGGCUGUGUGAUGUGAUCCCCAUGGAGAUACGGAUGUGCCUUGAGAAUGCACUCCUGGAUGGCACUGAUGGCGCUAUGUGGCGGGAGAUUCAUGGUGGGGACAUCACCAAGAUAGUAGCCUUGAAGGGUGCUGAUCAGCAGCGCAGGGCUCGUUUGGAGGAGAGCAUUGAACGUCUGAAGGCAUCUGAAGCCACGCUGCUGUCGCUUGCUUUUGAUGUUCCUAGUUUGCUAGCGUAG